CGAAAAAAACAUGGUAGUCGCCAUUACGGGAAAACGUCGCAAGUGCUCAACCGCAGUCCAGUUUUAUUCGGGUGUUUCGUUUGGAAUUUUUGCGUUGAAACCGUGCGGAAAAUGCGCCUUUCGCGGUGAAUUUCGUCGGACCGUGUCACGGUGAAGCGUUUGCGGAUACGUUGGACUGGGGGUCGUUCCGUUUCGGACCCCAAAUCGUGACAAGGUAUUAGCGGAUUCAAAAAAUAUCUUAUGAAACAUCAUUGAGUUCUUGACAUGAGAUGAGAUGACUUAUGAGAUUAUGAAUUUUAAUUUUAUUAAGAUCAUUCUGGUGCAAAAAAGACCAACAGUGAAGGUGUGAAAUAUCGCCAGAACAAAACUGAAUCGGGGCUACUUAUACGGCAUAGUGAAAUAAUGAAUGUAAUCAAUAUCAAAAAGUUAAAAGUUGACAACGCAUCUGGAUUACCCCAUCGCUGUGCCCUUCGUUACCAACUUCAACACCAUAACUAAGUGGAUCGAACAAAACCGUGCAGUGAAUAUCGAAGGCAACGCCAGUGAGUGAAAUUUGCGUAGUGAAAUCGUCGUCACAAAGAAGGUCCACAGACGACGACAAAGUCGAGCAGAUUUCCCCAUUCUACCACCAUUCUCCACAAGCAGCAGCACAGCACACUAUUCAUCGCAGCACUUUUGCUAGUGCCACUGAGAGGAGGUUCAGCUGUUUGAAUCUCCCCACGUCGUCGUCGUCGUCGUCGUUUUCGUCGGAACAAGGGGUGCCAAGUGGAAGAUAGGAGGAAAUUUGCUGCCAAAAUGAGCCGAAUGGCACAGAAAAAGGAAGGCAAAAUGCGGAUUCGGGCUUUCCCGAUGACAAUGGACGAAAAGUAUGUCGAGUCCAUCUGGUCGUUGCUGAAGAAUGCCAUACAGGAGAUCCAGAAGAAGAACAACUCGGGCCUUUCGUUCGAGGAGUUGUACCGGAAUGCGUACACCAUGGUGCUGCACAAGCACGGCGAACGGUUGUACACCGGCCUUAAGGAUGUCGUUACGCAACAUCUGGAGACGAAGGUACGGGACGAGGUGCUACGCAGCUUCAAUUGUAAUUUCCUGCAGACCCUGAACCAAUCGUGGAACGAUCACCAAACGUCGAUGGUGAUGAUCCGGGAUAUUCUGAUGUACAUGGAUCGAGUGUACGUGCAGCAGAACGACGUUGACAAUGUGUAUAAUCUGGGGCUGAUUAUUUUUCGCGAUCAGGUUGUCCGAUAUGGCCGUAUUCGGGAUCACAUGCGAGAGACCCUGUUGAAUAUGGUUAUGUGCGAGAGGAAGGGGGAAGCGAUUGAUCACAUUGCGAUCAAAAAUGCCUGCCAAAUGUUGAUGGUUCUCGGAAUCAACAGCCGAUGGGUGUACGAGGAGGACUUCGAGCGACCGUUCCUCACACAGUCGGCAGCCUUCUACAAGCUGGAGUCCCAGAAGUUCCUCUCGGAGAACAGUGCCAGUGUGUACAUUCGAAGGGUUGAGGCACGUAUCACCGAGGAAGCCGAGCGGGCAAAACUGUAUUUGGACGAGAGCACGGAAUGUCGGAUUGUGGAAGUCGUUGAGGAUGAGCUCAUCAAGAAACACAUGCGCACGAUCGUUGAGAUGGAGAACUCCGGUGUAGUGUACAUGCUUAAGAACACCAAAACAGAAGAUUUGGCCUGCAUGUACAAACUGUUCUCCCGUGUGAACGGUGGACUGAAAACAAUUGCCGAUUGCGUUUCGCAGCACCUGCGUUCGAUGGGCAAGAAUCUGGUAAAGGAGGAAGACAGCGGAACGAAUCCCAUUACGUUUGUGCAAAAUCUGUUGGAUUUGAAGGAUCGCUUUGACCAUUUCCUACAUCACUCGUUCAAUAACGACAAAAUCUUCAAAAACAUGAUAUCGUCCGACUUUGAACAUUUCCUCAAUCUGAACAGCAAAUCACCGGAGUAUUUGUCGCUGUUCAUCGACGACAAGCUGAAAAAGGGAUGCAAAGGGAUGUCGGAACAAGAAAUCGAAACGAUAUUGGACAAAACGAUGGUAUUAUUCAGAUAUUUACUGGAGAAGGACGUAUUUGAGCGCUACUACAAGGCACAUCUAGCGAAGCGAUUACUGCUGAACAAAUCGGUCAGCGAUGAUUCGGAAAAGAAUAUGAUAUCAAAAUUAAAGACUGAAUGCGGUUGUCAAUUUACCUCAAAAUUGGAAGGCAUGUUUAAGGACAUGUCGGUAUCGAACACCGUGAUGGAGGAAUUCAAGAACCACAUUAGCAAUGAUCCAUCCGCGCUGGAUGGCGUUGAGCUCUCGGUUCGAAUUCUCACCACUGGUUUCUGGCCAACACAGUCUGCUACGCCAAAUUGUAAUAUACCGCUUGCCCCGCGGAGGGCAUUUGAAACGUUCAAGCGUUUCUACCUGGCGAAGCAUUCAGGGCGACAACUGACGCUACAACCACAGCUCGGCACUGUUUAUAUGAACGCAGAAUUCUACGGAGUCAAAGCUGAAAAGGAACCUGUAGAAGGCGGUUGCAGUAGUACUGCUGCCGUUGCCGGUUCGUCCGCUCCUAGCGUGUCCCUCGGUGCUCCCAGAAAGCACGUCCUACAGCUCUCGACUUAUCAGAUGUGCGUGCUGAUGUUGUUCAACAACCGUGAACGUCUGACGUACGACGAGAUCCAACAGGAAACAGACAUCCCCGGGAAGGAUCUGAUCCGGGCCUUGCAGUCACUUUCGAUGGGUAAACAACAGCAGCGGUUGCUCGUGCGAACACCCAAAUCAAAGGACAUCGAACCGACGAAUGUGUUCUACGUGAACGAUGCAUUCGUAUCAAAAUUCCACAAGUAUGUACCUAUUUUCGAACAACAUAUUUUAAAAUCAAAUUGUCACGCUUCAAAAUUGUAUCAUAGGGUUAAAAUUCAAACCGUGGCCGCCAAGGGCGAGUCGGAACCAGAGCGGAAGGAAACUCGCAGCAAAGUGGACGAAGACCGGAAGCACGAGAUCGAAGCGGCUAUCGUGAGAAUAAUGAAGGCGCGGAAGAAAAUGGCUCACAAUCUACUGGUGUCGGAUGUGACCACACAGCUAAAGAGCCGGUUCAUGCCCUCGCCGGUGAUCAUCAAGAAGAGAAUAGAGGGGCUGAUCGAGCGAGAAUAUCUGGCACGGACGCCAGAGGACAGGAAGGUUUAUGUGUAUCUAGCUUAAAAUUUCCAGCCCAAAUUGGAUUGCAAAUAGCGACAUUAGUUGGAACGCGUUGCCGCGAAAGAAUUCAACUCCAUCAACACACUCACACACCCUACUUACAUACAAGGAUCACUCAUUCAUCUUAACAAACUCUCAAAACUCGGCAGUCUGCAUCACAUUCUUCAUGUUCACAGAACACUCAUCUGAGUAGAAGUGCGCCAGGUGAAUAAAUAUGGCAAAUGUGCGAAGAAUGUGUGUAAUUCGUUGGACUCUGACAAACACUGAAAGUUAACUGGUGACAAGGAUUCCCGAAGUCCUCCACCAAAAAGUCUGCAGCUUUCUGUACGUUUCAUUGUGACAUUGAAAUAUUGAAGUUUUCCUCAACAGUACCGUUCAUUUACACUGUUCCGUGUAACUUGCCCCUCUCACAUGCUUUGCUAUUUUCUUAUACUGCGAUAGGUUUUUAUAGCAGGUCGUUCAUCAUGUUGAGAUCUCUUUUUUAAUCCAUUUUCUGUACAGUAUGAAUACGAUUGCCGUGCGAUUUUCUUCAGCAUUUAAAUAAUUCCCGUUAUGUUGCAGUUCCUUCGAAUUCACCAGUUGUGGUUGUCCCAUUGCGUUGGAAAUAGCAAGUUUGUGCAAUUGCAACAAGUGGGAGAAUUGUAAAGCGAUGAUAAAACAUUAAUGACGAAUCUUCAAAAAAAUAAAUUAAUUACAACCACUAACUAGAAUGACGCGAUAGAGAUGAGUACUCCAAAACGGAAAAAAAGUUUUAAUUAUAAAUGAAUUAAAGGAAACAUUUUUGGAAUAAGAAAUCUAAAAACAGCAGAAGCGAGACGAAGAGUGCAUAUUAUAUAGUAAUUAAAGUAAUUUAAUUAAAUUUGAAAAAAAA